ACAGCUUCUCGCGAGUUAAUCUGAGCCUCUGGAGGUUUUAUCAGGCUCUCUCCAGCUCCUCCUCCACCUGCCUGGCCAGCCAGAGGGCCCUGGCCAGGCUCCAGGGAGCUCGCGGCUCACUUCUCCGUCCUGCAGCCCAAGCAGCCAGCCUCGCCAGGGUCUGGCACACCUUCAGUGGGUUCCAAGGGGCCAGGCUGGGGCCAGCUCUGGAGUGGGGCUCCCCAGCUCUGCAGACACUGCAAAUCCUUCUUCUUAGCACAGCUGGCAGGAUUGGGACCACUUUGGCAGCUCUGGGAAAAGGGCUUGGGACCACCUCCAGGAACACCGAAUCUCAGCGUCUCUGCUGACGUUCCCUUGGUGUGUUCACAAAUCUCUCUGAGAACAUCGCCCUGGACCCCCGAUGCGGCUGCCUGAGCAACCUGGAGAGGGGAAGCCUGAGAAUGAGGAAAAGGGGGGCAGAGGAGCCCCCGGAGGGGGAGAGGAGCCGCUGAGGACCCGGGCCCCCGACUUCCCCACUUGGCAAGUCUUCUCCCCCAAACCCCCGGAGAAACGAGCUUUCUUGAAUGUUUGCUCAGGACUUGAUUGUGUUCAGCCCGCAGGGAGAAGAUGCCUUUUCACCAUGUGACCGCCGGCCUGUUGUACAAGGGGAAUUACCUCAACCGAUCUCUCUCUGCUGGCAGCGACAGCGAGCAGCUAGCUAACAUCUCUGUGGAGGAGCUUGACGAGAUCCGAGAGGCCUUUCGGGUUCUGGACCGAGACGGCAAUGGCUUCAUCUCCAAGCAGGAGCUGGGAAUGGCCAUGCGCUCGUUGGGGUACAUGCCGAGUGAGGUGGAGCUGGCCAUCAUCAUGCAGCGCCUGGACAUGGACGGGGAUGGUCAAGUGGAUUUUGAUGAAUUCAUGACAAUUCUUGGCCCCAAACUGGUGUCUUCAGAAGGUCGCGAUGGUUUUCUUGGAAACACAAUAGACAGCAUAUUCUGGCAGUUCGACAUGCAGAGGAUAACUCUGGAAGAGCUGAAGCACAUCCUCUAUCACGCCUUCCGGGACCACUUAACGAUGAAGGACAUUGAGAACAUCAUCAUCAACGAGGAAGAGAGCCUGAAUGAGACCUCGGGGAACUGCCAGACGGAGUUUGAGGGCGUGCAUUCCCAGAAGCAGAACAGACAGACCUGCGUCCGGAAGAGCCUCAUCUGCGCCUUCGCCAUGGCCUUCAUCAUAAGCGUCAUGCUGAUCGCGGCCAACCAGAUCCUCCGGAGCGGCAUGGAGUAGCGGCCUCCCCAGCACCUGCGUUCCUGGCUCACGCGCAUGUGCUUGCCCCGCGGGCAGACUCUUCCUCCACAAAAAAAGCAGAUACGGACGGUGCAGACGCGGCACAGUCCGGUGAAGAACCCAAGGUUGCAGUGCAACCCGUGUCGUUGCAAACCCACUUCAUCCCCUUGGCAGGUACACAAAAGGGCUGUCUUCAAUGCUUUAAUGGUCUUGUUUCCUAAUGCAAUAAAUAGCCAGGAGUUCCGGAUGAUCGCUUCGGCCGCCUGUAGGAACUCUAAAGAGAAACUUCAUUUUCAUCUCGGAAUUCCCAUGGCCAUCCAGGUUGGCGGUGUAAGGGAGCAAGAGAGAGACGGAACACGCAAUCACCUCUGCGCCCCGUUCUUUCAACCCAGGGGUCAACUGGAGACUCCCUCCCUGCCCCACCCCAGGGCAACCCUCAGUGCCAAGAAGCUGACUUCUGAGUUGCUGCAGAAGUGGGGGCUUCCUGUCCUACCCUGGUUUUCUUCCCCAACCUAGUGGAGGCCCCCCGGCAAGGCAUGAGGGGAAAGCCAUGGAAUGGGGUGCAGCGCCCAGCGGUCUGCAAGUUGCACCCCCUGCGCUUCUGUUCUACUGCCUUUUCUACAGGACUCUUGUUGGCAGAGUUGGGGAGCUCUCGGUUUCCGUCGGCACUUGGCUUUCUGUUCCUAGAGCCCAUCGCGCACCAGCAUUUUGGAAUCUGCAGAGAGCCUUUCUCCCAGCUUUGCCGCCUGUGCUGCCAUUUAGACAAAAAAAAGAAGCAUAACCGUGGGCAUCUCUAUCAUGUAGACGCACAGACAGACGUAUAUAUUGGGCUUCUUCUUGUGUGACAUCCAUCGUCCCUAAUUGCUUUACUGCUGAUAGAAGCUUGUCCUCCGACACACAUCCCUGCCUCUUUGGGGUGGGUAGUUUGGGGAUGGGGAGGGACAUAGGCUGGUGGUGAGGAGGUAUUGCAAGCCACGCCCCAGUGGUCCAGAGUGAUGGAGUCCAAACACAUCUCCAUGCUGGGAGACCUCUGUAAGUUAAGGUCCUUGUGCAUCUCACCUUUCUCUCAUCUUCCAAUUUGCUUUCUUAGUCUGUCUUCCCAGAUAGAAAGAGAAACACCAUCCCAAACGGAAAGCUGGAAAGAUCAAACCACUGUAUUUUACGUAACAUCUUCAGGCAGUCAGAUUCUGCAACUGACUCAUUUUCACAAGAAAACAAAAAGAUGUUAAUAAGCUUAGCCAACUCGACAGGUAAAAUACUUCUGUUGGGGAAGGGAACUGAAGCCAACCCCAUUUCAAGUUUGCGAUUUCCUGACUUUUCCUAGAUGCCAUAUCCACCGCCGCUCUUCAUUCAAGCUUGCGUAGUCUGAUUAGCCAAUAACCUUUCGCUGCAAUUCUUCCCUCUGUACGUUUCCAAGCUCAGGUCUGUAUUUCUGUGAUUGGAAUUGUCUUGCUCUUCUUUCUUUCCAUUGCAUCUUAAAGCUACAAGCUAUUCCCCUCUCCCUUUUCCCUUUUUGUUCAGUAUGGAGGUGCCAGAAUCUUUCCUCUCUUGCUGCAGCCGGGUGGUUUUGGGGUGCGGUGUGUGUUUACGAAUCCCUCCUCAAGCCUCCCCCCUCUCUCUGCUCUCUCCCUCUGGUCUUCCCAGGCUUGGAGCAUCCAAGGUCUCAGUUUGGGGUCUUCUUCCAAAUCACCUCUGUAAGCACUUUGGGCAACAGCCUGGGAGCAACUCUAGAAACUUCCCCACUGCAAAUAUCCAUGAUGAGCACAAGUAAAACUAGGGUUUGAGCCGUAGUAUGGAGGAGGGAGCAGGUGUAAGCUCCCGGGAACCUGGGAGGUUACAAGUCCCUCUGUGAAAAUGCCUGGGGUCCCACACAUCCAGGCCAAGUAAGGCAAUGGCCUGCCUGUCCCUCUAGCCUGCCCUGCCCCGUUAGACACUUCACAUCUGUCUAUCUCUCCUCUCUCCCCUCUCACCUGACUCACCUCGGUCCCUCGGGACCAGGCUUCAGAGCGAGAACAGGUCCAAAUGUAGAAUACGGAUACACAGGACAAGUUUAUCAUUAGUUUCUGCCCAAAGCAGUUUGCUCUCUCUCUUUAGGUAGGAGGGACCCCGUGAAUGACUUGGCCAUGUCCUCCUGGGGAGGGGGGUGAGAGACCCCAAGUAGACUGGAUGGAGACCCCAGGCAUGAUUCUUAAAGGACCCUGCCCUGUGAGAGGGCAGUGCUGUAGGUGAUGCUGGACUUCAGGGCAAAACAAUGAGUACUUCUUUAAAGGCUACAAGUUCUUCUGCCUCCUACUGGGGAGCAGGGACCUUGAAGGAUGUGAGGGUUAGACUUAAUUGGAAGAGAAAUCAGCCGCUGUGCAAGGGUGUGAAUUAAACGGCAACCUGAAGAGACACCAACAGCCUGUUCCCCACCAAGUCCUCAGCAUCCUCUCCCUAAAGAGGACCAUUUUCCUCUCUCCCAGUGAGUCCGUGGAACCGAGUCCCUCCUACCCAGGAGAAGGCAUCCCUUGUGGGUGUUGCUAGGGAGAGAGGGUGAGAAAGAAGCCAUAGAAUUCUCUUUGAUGGGCUAGAAGUUAACCUCCUGCCGUGGUAACCGCACACAUGGCACCAGGAGCUGAGUGUGUGGGAACAUCCCAGAGCUAACGGCACCCCGGAGACUCUGGGCACUAAGAUCCUGUACCUCGGCAGCUUUGCCUGGACGGUCUGUCAACGGUGUUGGGCUGCAAAUGCUGACUUCCCACCGCUCCACCCCCAAGUUCUGUCCACACCUGUGCUACUCCAGGGCCCCAGGCCAGCGAGUGCCUUCCCCACGGGGGUUACUGUGUUCAUGGAUGAAGACUCUAGAAGUCCUGGUCCCCCAUGUCCAAGGUGUGCCAUGUGGCCCUGGCUGGAAGUGACCUUCGCAGGAAUUGAGCGGGAGGAAUUCAACGCUCACUCUGUCCUCCCAGCAAAUAGACUUAUGGGUCUAUUAUGGGGUGGCUGAGAGACUAGCAAACCGAGCUUGGCUCAUUCUUGCCUCCACCCCUGACCACACGAGUGAUGAUCAGGGAGGCACUUUGCUUGGGGGACAAGGGGUGCAGACCCUGACCCUUUGACCCCCAAAGAAGCUGUCUCUCAUCACUCCCAGAGCCCCCAAACAGGACCUAGCAUGGGAACUGCUAACCGUGGUUUCCAGAAUGUGCGUGGGUCCCACAUGACCUAUCUGUGUUUUAAAAAAAAAAAAAAGGAUGUUGCCAUGGCAACCCUUGCAUUCCACCCUGAGUUUGCCAAGGCACACAAAAAUAGGGAACAUUUCCUUAAGGAACAAACACUUGGGUUCUGCCUGCUUGCAUCCUGACUCCCUGAAUCUGUAUCCCGCUGGUGGGAGAAAUUAGCCUCAAAGGAUCUGGUCAUUUCUCUGCCUUGUCCUCUUCUGUUUGGACCUGUCCUUCCAUUUGCUCAGGAGAACAGGAGCUACCUGUGAGCCGGGUGGUACCCUCCCCACUUCCCAGAGCCCAGAGCAAAGACCCCUUAAUCUGGGCAAAAAGGCAGAAAUGCCAUCUGGAAGACAAAAAAUAUUUUAAGCCCCAGUCUUUAAAAGCAUCUGUUUGCCUGUUGAGAAGCUCUCCCACAAGCCAGAAAUGUGAACUAAAGUGAACUGAGGUUUACAUGUGGUCUCCGGCAAGCCAGUGGUUUCCAGAGUUUCUAGGUGUUUUAUUUGCAGAGAACAAGUUGUGUACACGACGUGUCUUCUUUCUUAAUACCUGCUUCCUGUCUCAAUUUUCACCUGACAAAUGGCCUCCUCUCUGCAGUUAGCCGAAAGAACCUAAUGAAAGAUGGCAAGCUCGUUUUGAUGAUCAUGCCCCCAUCCCAACCUCCCAUCCACAGAAUCACAAAACGAUAUAUCGGACACCUGGGAGAGAAAUUUAUCUUUUAUUCCAAAUGCCUUCUCUAGGUUCAGUCGAGACUCAGGUCAUAAAUCAAAGAGAGUUUUGCUCUUAACCCACAGCUAGCAGCCUCCCUGGGACCGUAUGAGGGCAUGACCAGAAAAGUAAGGUGUGACUGCCAAGCUCCUCAGCUUGGCGGGCGUGGCCUUGUGUGGUUGGUUGCACACUGUGAAGCCCCGUUCCGCUGUGCUCUCCACGCCCGUUGAAGCUGCCAAGUUCUGCCCUUUCCAGCUGGAGGUCUCAAACCAUAUUGGGUCAUUUUACUGCACUAUUCCUCCCAAAGCCCGUAGUGAUCAUGUUAUUCAUUCUAUUCCACUAAGAUAUACAAAAGGUCUGGAACUGCACUGCAGAAAGGAGGGGCCCCCUUUUCUAUAAUGCCAUGAUGAUACAGAUAGACUUAAGCUUCUAGACUUUGGCAUAUACUGGUUGUGUCACCAGGCGGACUGCGGAGCCGUCUUCCCUGGAGAACAUCUAUCUGAAAUGACCUCAGAUCAGAGAUCUCUCAUUGGCCUCUUCCGUGAUCCUCCCAGGGCUAAGCCUCCAUAACCUAAAGGUGUUACCAUAGCCAUCCUCCCAGACCGCCUCAACUCCCCCCCAGAAGGGG